AUGAAUGCUUCUCUUCCUGCAGUCUCCAGUGAAGACCGGCGUCCAGCCGCAUACACUUCGCACACUACUUUGCAUGUUUCCUCUGUGGAGGCGCCGCUGUUGCUCUUUCAGGAUUCGCUCCGGCGCUGUGCGGCGAAGGCACUCGAUCUCGUCACGCACGAAUUCCACUUCCGUGGAAUUCGUGCGUGUGGCAGUUCGUGUGAGGCGGGCUAUCAAGAGCACACGAAGACACUGACGGCGAGCCAAAGGCACACUGCCGCAGGAGAGUGCGCCGAGAGACAAGUCAAAUUCGACGAAGAACAAACGGAGGAACCGGACGAUGAUGAUGCUUCUGAGACUCAGGUCGGGCAGGAUGGCUUAAACUACACAUAUCCGAACGGCACGGGAGGCCUUUCAGAAGGUUUGAGCAGUCUGCUUGAGUAG